CUCGCAAGGGUUAUGCAGACCGUUUUUAAAAAAUCAAUAAUACGAAUACUUUGAACUAAAAGAUCGUAACUUAUUGCAUUCAUUUACAUUUGUCGCUAGAAACUUAAUUGACUUGGCAUGAAAAUAACGAUUGUGUGAAUUCUCUUUCAUUUUCGGUUUUAAAAAUUCGAUUUUAAGAAAAAUUGAGAGUUAUGUCAAAUAACAGCUUGGAUCCUUACAAGUCCCCCGUCUACAAAAAAAGCAAACUCCACCAUCUCAGAUGGAAUCAUUCAUACACAAAGGAUGACAGGAUUAGCAAAGAAUCACAGCUUGACAAAGACAUCGACGAUAUUGUAGAGGACAUGAGUUUCUUGGGUCUUAAAAAGAAAAAGAAAUCUGGCAAACCUGCAUUUCAAGAUGACUAUGUCCCACCUGAGGCCCCUGUUUUUGUUGAUGGAGUCCAAGAAAAUGUGGAACAAGUAGAUGAAGACUAUCAGUAUCAAGAACUUUUGGAUAAACUUUAUGAAUCACUUAAAAGAGACCAUCCUCAUCUCCGAGAGCAACGAUCCUGCAAAUUAUGGAUCCCCGAUGUUCGUUCCUUUUUUACUGCAAGGAAAACGGUCCUCCUGAACUUCAUACAAAUUUGCAAUGCAGUUAAGCGUCCCCAGAAACACGUGAUGGACUUCUUGAUAAGUGAAUGUGCGACAAGUGGUUCACUCGACCCCUGGAACAGACUUUCGUUAAUAGGAAAGUUUAGACAAAAAGAACUACAAACAAUCAUCUCGAAAUACGUCAAAGAGUACGUUAUGUGUACUUCCUGUAAAUCAUUCAACACUCUCUUCAAGAGGGAAAGCCGCCUCAAUAUUAUUCGAUGUCAUGUGUGCGGAUGCACGAGAGUGGUGAACGCCAUUCAAUUUGGCUUCAGGGCAAUAACGUCCCGGAAAAAACACCGAUGAACAUGUCAUGUAACGGAGAAACGAACAACGGAAACCAACAGUAUCAAACAACGAUUCAUAGCAGAAUGACAGACAAUGCCCAAAACCAGAAUCGGAGACCACAUUUUAAAAUGGAAACACAUGCAAUUAUAUCGAACAGAAUCACACACAAUGUACUAGUAUUACAAUAUAAUCACAGAAAUUUCUGGUAUCACGGUUAUCGACAAUGUUUAUGUUAGAUUAAAACUUUUAAAGGUA